GGUUCAGAAAAUGAAAGGAUUAUAUUAUUUAUACUUCGUGGAAGGGGCAAAAGAACAAUUGAGUUUGAUUAAUUGUGCGACUAUACUUAGUACAAUUAUUCACAAAAAUGUGAGCUUUGACAAAAAUAUAAAAGAUAAAAUGAGUGUGUUAAAACAUUAAUCAAUUUGUAAAAUGUUUUAUGUCAAACCACCGAAUGGGCAAAUACCACUGCAUGUAAUGGAAAAAUGUGUACAUACUAGAUUAGAAUAUUUAGAAUAUUUAUAUACUAAUGAAGCUAAUGAUUUCGAAGGAAACUUUCAAUAUUUAUUAGAAAAUUCAGCGUAUGAUAAAGUUGGUCAUUUUAUAUUAAGAUUAAUAGCUUCAACGUCAGCUGACUUAUGGAUGUACUGGCUUCCAAGAGAAACAUUAUUAUUGAAACAUCGAUUAGAUAAUAUUACACCUAGACAAUUAAAUAAUCUUUUUCGAAGUAUUAUACGACAAUUGGAUACGAUAGAAAGUAUAGAAAAUGAAAUAAGUCUGAAUAUACGAAGAUUAUGUUUAUUUUAUUUAAAAUCUACAGUCUUCAAACAUAUCAUGUCCAAAAAUCAUGCCAAUGAUUGCUGCGUUUUUCAAUUUAAAGUAAGAUUUGAGCUAAUACCGGAAUUAAUCAAACAUAGAGAGGUUGACUUAACGGCUGGAUAUGCUGUCAUAUAUUGCUCACAAUGGAAAAAACUUUUGGUAGCAUUAUUUAAUACUUACUUGAUAUCUGAUUUAAAACAUAUUAAAACGCACGCGUGGCAUGUCAACAAUGAUGUUAGACUUCAAUCCCUAAAGCAACAAGUUCAAUUUUAUAUAUCACCAAACAGAUCUACCAUUGGAAGAGUAAAUAAUAAUAAUAUAAAUGUCGAAGUAGAAAAGUUUCCGUUGUGCAUGCAACAUCUACAUAAAGUAUUGAAGAAAAGAUAUCGUCUUAGUCAUUACGCUCGCUUCUAUUAUAGUCUAUUUUUAAAAGAAGGUGGAAUGAAAAUAGACGAUGCUAUUCGAUAUUGGAAAGAGGAAUAUUCUAAACCGCAUACAUGUACUUCUGUUUGUACGCAUAAUUGGCAAACUGAUGAGAAAAAAUUUGUAUACAGUAUUAGGCACCUUUAUGGUUUAGAAGGAUCUCGUAGAAAUUAUAAAUCUCCCAGUUGUACAGUUAUGUGUGCUCAAGUCCCAGGAGCCGCAUACGAAGGAGGUUGUCCAUUUAAACAUUUUGAUUCGGAUAAGCUUAUUAAUCUUUUAAGUAGCUCAUUAACGAAAGAUAAAAUAGAUCAAUUUCUUCAAAUUAUGCCUUCGCAAAAACCAGAAAUAUUAUGUUCUUCUUAUUUCAAAUUAGUACAUAAAAAUUACGACGAUAAUGUCAUUAUUAACAGUCCAAUACAAUACUAUGCAAUGGCAAAUAAUUAAAUUAUUGAAAAAAUAGAGAAGGAAGUAUUAGUAUUAUAUAUAUAUAUAUAUAUCUAUAUAAUUGAUUUUAUAUGAUAAGAAUAAAGUACCAUUUGACAUACAAA